AUGGAAGAAGAUGGAGAAGAAUCACCAAGGACACCUUUCUGGGUUCAGAGCUCUCGCGGUCGCCAAUUCAGAAUUUCAUCAAUUUUUCUCAAUUCCACCAUCUUAAUCAUCUUCUUAUGUCUCUCUGCAAUUUUCUCCAUUUUAUUCAUAAUCCCCUGGUUUCUCUCUCUAACAUCCCAGAUUUUCAGGCCUAAUUUGGUCAAGAAAACCUGGGAUUGGCUCAAUGCAGUCUUAAUCAUCCUUGCUUUAAUCUUCGGAUUUCUCAGCCGAAACAAGAAUACUGAUGAUGAUCGAAAGCUUGAUGAAGAAGAUAGGACCUUAUCGAUUGCCAAUAAAUCACGAUCACACUUUCAGUGGGAUCGGUUUUCCGAUGAAGGAACUUCAGAUAUUGGUUCAUACAACUAUAGUUCUAGUUUUGGAUUGAAGAGAAAUAGUUCAUCUUACCCAGAUCUACGUGAUACAACUUCGUUUUUUGAUCAUCGGAAGUUUCUAGAUGAUACCCAUGUCGAGAAUUCCAGAUUCGUAGAUCCCGAUCAAACACCCGUGAAGAAAGAUCUCACUUUUGAAUCUGAUGGGUCUAAAAAGAUAUACAUUCAUACAAAAAAAACGAUUCCCAAGAAGGAAAUAUCUCACACUCCGGUGCCUGUGCCGUCGCCGCCGCCGAAGCGGCCGUCAUUUCCUCCGUCACAUAAUGUUGAAGAAAAGACAGAUCGAGCAUUGAAACAAGUGACGGGUCAUUGGGAAAACAUGAUAAAAAAUUCUUCAAAACAGGGACCGCCGCCGUCUACGGCGGCGCAAUUGCCGGAGAAGAAGAAAAGUAACAAGAGUGAGAGAAAAAGAAGCGGAGGAACGGCGACAAAAGAUUUUAUAAAUUCGUUUUACCAUCAGAGUAAGAAAAAGAAGAAACAAAGAGCACAAAGUCUCGACAAUUUCGAAUCCUUAUUAGAACAAAUUCCUCCUUCGCCACCAUCGCCGCCGCCACCUCCGCCGCCGGCGAAGACAUCUGUUUUACACAACAUCAUUUCUAAUAAAAAAAGAAAACCCAAAAAGAUCAUAUCAGUUCCAGCACCACCUCCACCGCCGCCGCCUCCGGCGGCGAAACCACUAAAGAUAAGAACUUUAAACAGGGUAGGAAAAACCCAAGAAGAUUCUUCUCCGGAAACAAUGGGAAACGAAUCACCUCUUAUUCCGAUUCCUCCUCCGCCGCCGCCCCCGUUCAAAAUGCCUAGCUGGAAAUUUGUUGUACAGGGCGAUUAUGUUAGAUUGGGAAGCUUUAACAGCUCAAUUAGUGAGUCUUCUGAUACUGAGGAAAGAGAAUCUCCAAUGAGCGACAUUUCAAUUGUUGAAUCGAGUGGGACCCAUAUCACGGCGGCACCGGUGGUGGCGCCGGAGAACAUCACGGCGGCGCCGGCGCUGUUCUGUCCGAGUCCGGACGUGAAUACGAAGGCUGAAAUGUUUAUAGCUAAAUUCAGGGCUGGGCUUCAACUACAAAAGAUAAAUUCACUAGAGCAAAAACAAAGAUUGGCUAAUAUUGUCCCGUCAACUUCAAUGCUCUGUCCUUCGGUGAAAAAUGGUGUUUUUGAGCUACUGAAAAUAUGUUAUCAGCUGCUUCUAUACAAGAAAGAUCUAACUGAUGAGCUUCUCAAGUCACUACAAGUUGAAUUGAAGCUUAAUACUCGGGUAGCAAUGCUUAUUGUGAACAGAUAA